UCGGCGUUUGAUUUGUUAGCCUGUACCGUGACGCAUGCGCAACGCAUUCUCGUUCUUUCCGUGAGCUUUUCCGCCAUGGCGCCUCUUAAGAAACAGAACAUUGGCAAAGGUGGAAAGAAGAGGAAACAGGUGCUGAAGUUCACGCUGGACUGCACUCAUCCUGUUGAAGAUGGUAUUAUGGAUGCUGCUAACUUUGUAAGAGCAUCACACAUCAGUUGUUUUCAGCCUUUGGUUCCCCUGCCUGUAUCUCAGUAUGUAUGUACUGAGAUGAACCCUGUACCAGAUUUAUAUAUUUACUAUCUCGAGUUUUCCAAAAGAUACCUGAAGUACCUGACCAAGAAGUACCUGAAGAAGAACAAUCUGCGGGACUGGCUGCGCGUUGUAGCUAACACCAAGGAAAGCUACGAACUGCGCUAUUUCCAGAUCAACCAGGAUGAAGAAGAGGAAGAAGAUGAAGAUUGAAUUGUCUUUUCUAUGUUCAAUAAAAAGUUUAUAAUACAAAA